AUGGAAAAAUUGCCACCUCUCGCACCAGUCCCGCCGCCCGCAGUACAGAGGAGCAUAUCACAUGAAGAAUGGGAGUCAUUUCUGGAUGCAUGGAUUCUACUCCUAGGGAUACGCAUCGAAGCUUCUGAUUCAGUAUUUAAAGAUGUUGUCUCCAAAGAUGAGUCCACAAGCGGCUUUUUAUCGUCCUUCUAUCAACAGCUCGCCACGACAAAUGUGCCUGAGCUGCGGACGGGGGCGAAGGCACGAACAUUACGGAAGUGUUGUUUCUUGUUGACGAGGAGACUUCUAUUGGACGCGCCUACUUCACCGUCUGAAAUGCUAGAUUGGAGCGUUCUCGGUGCUAUGUGCUGUUGCUACCCGUCAAGCUCAGCUUUGAAGCGGUUGUUGUCCGAAGCAUGGGAUAGACACCAUGAGGCAAUAACAUCCAGUCUCGAGAAAGCAAAGUCCUUAAUUAUCAAGCGGCUCUCACUACCGAAUCCAUCGGUGAAUGUGGAAGUAAUGUCUGAUAUCCGCUUCUUGACGAUAUUGUCUUCUGCACUUCCGCCUUGCGGCCAGGUGCUCAUGGCUGGUUCUGACUUCAUAGAUACUCUCUCUGAUGCGUAUCAGUCCGAGAAAAGAGUGGAUUUCCGCAAGGUCCUUGUAGCGAAUGUCUACGUUGGCUUGACCUCUUUGUUGAAAGGCGCCAAGCCGAACUUAUCGUUGCUUCUGGAUCAAUUGUUCAGCUUAAAAGCGAGCGCAGGGGUGGGCACUCCAACGGCAAAGAGAGAGCCCACAAUACUUUCAGAUCUAAUCUGCAGCUCAGAUAUAUUAGCCCGUCUGGAGAGGUACUUGAUUGUGCAUCCGCAAAAACGCGGUGAAGACCUACUAUCCAGCCUGCACUCGUAUCGGAAUGAGUCUAAAGCAUUCCACCACCGGUAUCAAAAGCAAAGGAAGAAGACGGACAAGGGCAAAGGUCGUGUUUCAGAUCUUCCUACUGUCGAGAACAUGCAUGUCCACAGGAUCUCCCUCGUGACACAGGUGCAAGAUCUCUUCCCUGAUCUGGGCUCAGGGUACAUCAUUAGAUUGCUCGAUCACUACGGCGACAAUCCGGAGACGGUUGUCGCACAUCUUCUUGAUGGCUCUCUACCGCCUGAACUUCAAGAACUCGAUCAAUCCGAGCAACUUCCUGUCUCACAAACCACCCCCCGCCACGACCCUCUACCCCCGCGCCCAACUCCCCCAGAGAUCCCAUCGCCCCCCGCACCAGCCCCAGCUCGCAAGAACAUUUUCGACACCGACGUCGAUCUCGCCGAACUAGCCCGCUCAGCCGAUCAGGCCAGCCAAGGCAAACUGCGCUUCGGUCGCGCAGAUUCAGAUCUCACCGCGGACGCCAUCCUAGCCGACCGCAGGCAGCAUGCCGUCAACAAGGCAGCCAUCAUGUCCGCACUGGCAACCUUCGACUCUGACGACGACGAACGCGACGACACAUACGACGUCGCCGACGUAGGCGGCACAGUCGACGGCCUAACGGCAGUCACAGACGCCGAAGCAGACGCCGACAUCCGCAACCGCAGAGCCGAGGACCUCGACAUGACCCUCUUCCAAGCCUACAAGGCCAACCCGGCUCUUUUCGCCCGUGAUUCUGCCACGCGCCGCUCACAACCCCGCGCAUCGCUCAAGCGCGAGACCGGCAUGACCGACGAGGCCAUCGAGGGCUGGGGCGUGAUGUUGGCCCGAGAUCCCAAGCGUUUGGCCAGGUUGGAAGAUCGACUCGCGAUGUCUGCUGGUGCUCCUGGCGGCGCCUUGGCGCAGCCUGAACUGCCACCGACUGCGUACAGGAAGCCUGGACCUAGGGAAGAUGGUGAAUCGGAUAGCGACACCGAUCAGCCCGGUUCUGCUUCUGGCGGCAGAGGAGGACCCGGACAGGGACGUGGUCGCGGUGGUCGAAGAGGUGGCGGUGGUGGGAGGGCUCGCAGAGGAGGGACCAAUGCCGGAGCUUCUGGAGAGCAGAACCCCGCUGUGGCUCGACAAAAGAAAGAAGAAAAUAAGGCUAGCAGGGCGAAUCACAAUAGACGCCAACAGAGGGCCAGAAAAAUUGCCCGGGGCGGUGGCAUGCCAGGUUGA